AUGUUGACUCUUACGACAGGGGAAUAUACGCCAUGUCCAUCGCCGCCGCAAUUCUCGACGCCUGUCUUGCCAUCGACAUCGGUCUUUUCCUCAUUGAAUACGUGGGUACUGGUAGACCCAAGUCACAUUGAGUCUCCGCGCACUUUUUUUGAUGAGUCCUCUUCAGCCAUCGUUCCACCAGCGGUGUCUACGGCAAAUCAAACCAUACGGUCAUCAUCGGCCGGUUCAAAUUUAACAUGUGGAGUGCAUCACCAGGAAGACUUUUCCUCAGGAUGGUCUAUCCUCUCCACUAAGCAAUCUCAAUUGCAGUCAGGAAAUGACCUUUGCGAUCUUGUCGCAUCCGAGCAUUCCUUUUCUAACAAUUCAUUGAUAAACCGGAAAAAUAUGGACGGCUUCCAAAGUGGUGAAUCAAAUGAUGAAAUUGAUCAAUUUGGCCUAUAUAACUCUAUGCCAUUUGCAUCCCGUGAGUACCCAUACGGAAAAAAUCUUCGAAGACGUACCACACUGCCGUUUAGAAAAUGUUCUGGUUUUUAUUGUCCCACUUCUAUAAGCUGUUUGGCAUUUCACUUUACUUAUCUUUCCGAGAUGGGUAAUGGGGGCGCUACAUACACGCUUUUUCGUAAUGUUGUGCAUCCGAUGGGUGCUUGGCAUUGGAGAGAAAAGAUUCCGUCCGAGAGCAGCGAUGGGCCUUCGCCCGAGAUGUCUGUUGGGACCAUGCCAGUACAUAAUCACGCAAAGGGUUGGGGUGGCAAUAGUAAGAAUGAACCAAGCUUUAGCCAUCAUUCGGAUGAUGCCACUGGUGAAAACAGCAGCAACCGUAGCAAUGACUCUAGUGGGGAGGAAACCUCCGUGGUUUCUUUUUUUCUCUGCAUGCCAUUUCUCCGUUUUGUCCUCAAGACUAUUGCAAUGAUGGCUUCCAGUAAUGAAAAUGUCACCCGGCGGAGUGGACACCGUCGUCGCCGUCGUCGUCGUCGGGGCAGCAGUAGAAGGACAGGUGAGGGAAGUGACAGUCGGCCCUGUCUCGGGGAGCGGAUCUUCGGGGAAAUGGAGGCGCUUGUAACAUGUGCGCUGCAUGGCAUUCUUGUGUUUAUGCUGUAA